GCGGCGCCACGCAAAGUCACGCAAGGUUUUCCUCUCUCAUCUUCAGUAUGAAAUUCCUGGUGCUGAUGGCGCUGGUGGGCGUGGCAUCUUGCCGCACCUCCCUAAUCGGGGCGGACCGGGCCAGGGACGUCGACCUCAAGUACACUUACGUUAACGACGAAGGAAAGGAAGUACGCGUCAAGGUCGAGGCUGGCCGCCUGGGCCUGUCCCUCCAAAGGCAACCUGACUCGGAGCUGGACGUCGAGAAGGAGGUCAUUUCCGACGACGAGGAAGCCUCUGGUGACGCCGCGAACACUCGCCGGGUGACCACCGCUCCUGCAGCGAAAGCCACGGUGCGACCACGCUUGGGUCCGGCUGCCACGUCUGUUGCCCGACCCCGCCUUGCUCAGGCCGAGACCGCCACUCGAACUCGCCUCGUCCAAGCUGCUCCUCGGAGACAAGUGGAAACUCGUUUCGUUCAAGUGGGAGCCGUUCCUGCUCCUCAGCCUGAGGUGAAGACGCGCUUCGUUCAGGCUCCUGCUCCACAGCCUCAAGUAGAAACGCGUUUCGUCGAAGUAGAGGCCGUUCCUCCUCCUCGCCGCGAGGUGGAAACGCGUUUCGUCGAAGUAGAGGCCGUUCCUCCUCCUCGCCGCGAGGUGGAAACGCGUUUCGUCCAAGUCCCCGUUUCCCAGCCCGAAGUGGAAACCCGUUUUGUCCAAGUAGAAGCUGCCCCUGCACCUUACGAAGCGGAAACGCGUUUCGUCCAUGCAGGAGCCAUUCCUGCUCCUCGUCGCGAAGUAGAAACGCGUUUCGUGCAAGUGGAGGCCGCUCAAGCUCCUCCCCGUUUCGUCCAGCUACAAGCUGUUGCUGCUCCUCGUCGUGAGCUGGAAACUCGUUUCAUUCAGGUUGGGACUGCACCUCAACCCGCCGUGGAAACUGGCUUUGUCCACGCGGCCGCCCCGCUGACUCGCCUGCUGGAGCGAGACUUCUCGUUCCCCGCCGGCUACUCCGCCGGAAACCGCGUUCGGCGCCCCGCCCUCCGAGGCUACUUCUCCGACUCGUACGCCGACAACAGCGCCGAGAAGUGAGCGCAGAGUAUCCCCUUCAGAAAGCCUUUGUCUCUUCCCACUGAUGUAUAAGCUAUAUCGGCCUUAUUUGCAUGUGCCUCAUGGGAUUGUAAAGGAACCGAGAUAAAGGGCUAACUAUUUUCUAGACUCACUUUCGUCUUUAAUUCCUAAUAUAACUAUAUCUUAGAAUAUAACCAGCUGUUUCUCUUGUUACUGUCAGCUGCAUUUCAUCAAACUUCAUGCGAGGAAAUUGGGUACAGGUAGUUGCACAGAGUAUAUUCUCAUCUCUUA